AUGCCUCGAAAAUACGAGAGUGAGAAUCCAUAUAUUAGGGUCAUAAUCUCUGUUGUCUGUAUUCAUUGUGUCAGCCAAACGAACUCCAACAAAGUGACGUACCCAUAUCGCUUCCAAAUGUUGAAGUCACUACAACCAUCGAAAGUAUGUAUUCUAAAGCUUAAUCUGAGUCUAGAUGACUCUCUAAAUUUCAACACAAUGGAAGCAAGACCCGAAGAAUAUCAAUCAGGAACCUUCUACCAAGAAAGCCCCUCCUACCCCAUGAUCCAGCAGGAAAUGCCACAUCGAAGCAGAGAUCAGCGCGUCUCUGCAAUUUCAGGAGAAGAAAUGGCUGGAGCCAUCGAUUACCACAUUCCCAAUUCCUUUGGCGUCAUCUUCAAACCUCCUCCUUCGCAGAAAGUCGCUCCUGCCCUCCCUUUUUCCCAGCCCAUUUCCUACCAACUCGCUCAGCCCAUGAAAGAAACGCUCAUCGAAACCCCGAACGCUCCCAUUCUCCGUUUCCCCUCCCAAUCCAAACCUGCGCAGAUCCCCCUGCAGUCGUUUCAUCCGCCAUCCGACAAGCUUCCUGACGCUCCGACCGAUUUAUCGCUCUACGACCCCAUGAACCACGCUUCGAAAUCUGUGGGCCCCUAUCUGAACGGGGAAAGCGAAGGUCUCGCGCUCGCUGGCUGCGAUUACCCGCGGUUAUUCAACUCGUCGCUGGGAGAUUCGGUUCCAAAACGCUCGUGCAGUUCGCUUCUGGAGAAUCCAAAGCGAAUCCGAAGCGCGUACAAUUUCUUUUCGCAGGAUUUCUUCAAUAAAGAGCACAUCGCGGCGGAUCACCACGAGACGAUUCACGACGCCGCAGCAGAGUGGAAGAAACUCCCGGAGAAGGAGCGGAGAAUUUACGAGCAGAGGAACAAGGAGGACCAGGAGCGAUACGAGAAGGAAAUCAAGAUUUAUGAAAAGCAGUUUUUGGAUCGGGGCGUGCCGGUGCUGUUGACGAAAAAAGGUGGGAUUUUUGGAGGGGAUUGGAGGGAAAGAUCAGCGGAAUUAUUUGUAUGA